GAAACUUGCUUAGCACGUAACCGUAGUGGCCGACUCUGUUACAUCGCCGGUGAUCGUACGUACCCUAACUCCACCGGAACCCUAAAUUCUGUUCACCAAUCGAGUCUCAUUUGCAUACAAAAAUGUUGUUGACUCCUUCACCAUUGAUUACUUCACCAUUGGUUGCACCACUACCUAUAAGACCAAUAACAUAUCGAUCAAAUAGGUCUCGUUACUACUCUAGAAUUUUCUCAUGCAUGCGUUUUCCAAAUCGUAUUAAUGGUCGUUGUUUAUCGAUGAAAGCUGUGAAACCUGGGUCUGCUCUCGUUAAGGAGAGUUCUGGCUCUGUAGGAAGCAUGAAUUGGCUUGUUAAUUCAUAUUGGGAUGAUUUGAUUAAGAAGGAUGAUAAGUUCAAAUGUCGUUGGAGGAAAUCUGAUACUGUAGCAGAUGUAAAAGAAGAGAAACAGUUGAAAAGAAGAAACACCGAAAAGAAUACAAGCACAACGCUGUAUGCAGUUUUGGUCGGAGCUUCCUUUUGCGUUGCAGUCACUCUAUGCUCUCUCGGGAUUCAAAAGCUACCCAGCUCACAGUACAUCGAUGUUCCAUAUUCACAUUUUGUUGAUGGUAUACAAGACGGUAGUGUCACAAGCGUUCAGUUUGUUGAAAAUUCCCGCCAAAUAUACUUCAAUAAGGACCUUGUAGAAGAGCAGAAUGUUCAAACUUCAGAAACUGAUUCUGAUUCACUAACCGCACAAUUUGAAAGGGCUGUUAAGAAGUAUUUUCCCAAGUGGCAGUAUCAUACAAGAAAUGUGGAAGAUUAUACACCACGUGAUCUGGUUAGGAUGCUAGAAGAAAAAGGGAUCACAUAUGGGUCAAACCGUGCGCUUCUUUCUGCAUCCACGAAGAAUUUCUUAUUCGUUUUCUUUCAAGUGGCUCCUUUUUGGAUCAUGGUGUUGCUUACUUUUUACCAGCUAAAUCUUCAACAUGAUCUUGGGAAAAUGACGAAGAAAACACCGAGUAAGAAGCAGUCGCUAGUGACAUUCGAUGAUGUAAAAGGUGUUGAUGCUGCCAAAACUGAACUUUUAGAGAUUGUUUUGUGCAUGAAAGGAGACAGCAAGUACAUAAAACUCGGGGCAAAGCCGCCGAAAGGUGUCCUGUUAGCGGGUCCACCAGGAACUGGGAAAACAUUGUUGGCUCGUGCUGUGGCCGGGGAAGCUGGAAUGUCGUUUUUCUCGAUUUCCGGUAGCGAACUGGUGGAGGUUUUUGUCGGUAGAGGGGCAGCUAGAGUUCGAGAUCUUUUCAGCGAGGCGAGAAAAAAUUCACCGUCAAUCAUCUUUAUCGACGAGAUCGAUGCUGUUGGCGGCCAGCGUGGCAGAACUUUGAAUUGUGAACGCGAUCAGACACUAAACCAGCUUUUGACAGAAAUGGAUGGGUUUGAGAAAGAGGAAAGUGUGGUGGUUAUAGCUGCCACAAACAGACCCGAAACACUGGAUUCCGCUCUGAUGAGGCCUGGUCGGUUUUCGAGAAAAGUGCGUGUGGGCGAGCCAAACGAGAGUGGCAGAAAAGACAUCUUUGCGCUUUACUUGAAAAAUGUGCCGUUUGAGGACGAUAAGGAAGACAUUUGUGAGGUUGUUGCGUCGCUCACACCGGGAUUAGUAGGGGCUGAUCUUGAAAACAUUGUUCGGGAAUCUGUUCUUCUUGCUGCUAGAAGAGGUGGUGAAGUUGUGACUAAGGAUGAUAUAUUUCAAGCUGUAGAUAGAGCUAAAGGUAAGGUUUAUGAUCAUGUAGCGGCUGGUAAACCUUUUCCGUUUGGACCGAGUGCUCAAGCGCAUGCGCAGGGUGGGUCUAUGGGUUUUGGGUUUCCGAAUUGAUGGAGUUGGAUCCGUUUGUGUAUAUUCUAAGAGGUGUAUUAGAUUUAUAAUUGUGCUUGUGUUUGGAUGUUUCAUGUUGAGAUAAUUGAUUUAAAAUCUGAAAUUAAAGAAGGUUAUUGGUUGGAAAACAGUCCAUGGUUGUUUUGGGUUGUCAUGUAAUCAUAUGGUUUGUAUGAUA